AUGGUACGGUCGCUUAAAACUGCCUUGGGAAACGCGCAUCGUAACAAUCGGACGCAGAACGAUGGUGACUUGGCGACCCUCAGAGUAAUAACCAAUUAUUUCGUUGUAUCGUUAGCUAUGGCGGACAUGUUGGUGGCACUAUGUGCCAUGACAUUCAAUGCAUCUGUCGAACUGUCUGGGAGGUGGCUAUUUGGGCCGUUCAUGUGCGACGUCUGGAAUAGCUUGGAUGUGUACUUCUCAACCGCCAGCAUACUGCAUCUCUGUUGCAUUUCCGUUGACAGGUACUUUGCCAUUGUGCGACCGCUCGAGUAUCCGCUCUACAUGACCCAGCGCACGGUCGGGUUCAUGCUGGCCAACGUUUGGAUGCUGCCGGCGCUGAUAUCGUUCACGCCGAUCUUCCUCGGCUGGUACACCACGGCCGAGCACCUGGAGACGCUCAAGGACAACCCGGAGCUGUGCAUCUUCGUGGUGAACAAAUCGUACGCGCUAAUCUCCAGCUCGAUUAGCUUCUGGAUACCGGGCAUCGUGAUGGUGACGAUGUACUAUCGGAUAUACAAGGAAGCCGUCCGUCAGCGGAAAGCCCUGAGCCGCACCAGCUCCAAUAUCCUACUGAACAGUGUCCAGAUUAACAACUCCAACACGCUGCACGCAAACUACCACCACCGGAAUCAUCAUUUGCGUGCCAGUGAUUGCGACUUCGGGAUCGACAUGAAAGACAUCCAGCACGACACCCACAGCGAGCUGAGCGAUUUGGAUGUGCCGGUCGUUCCGACGAUCGUGAACGUGGACGACGAUCUGCUGGUUCCGUCGUCACCGCCGAGACGCCUGAGCCGCAGCAGUAUCGAUCUGCGCGACUUGGAGUACAAAAACGAGACAACCGUCAUCAAAAGUUCGGACUCGGUCAGUUCGAUCUUUCCGCUGAACUUCGAGAACAAUCUGCGCUAUGCGGGAAGCGAACCGAUCCAGGUGAAGGAAAACCAACAACGACGACCGUCGCGCAAGGAAAGCUUCAAGCAGAUCAAUUUCUUCCAGCCGUUCUUUUCGAGGAACAGUUUGCUCAAGUCGUACAUCAAAAGUGGCAGCAAUGUUGGCAGCAAUCUUAACAAUAGCAAUAAUCGGGAUGGAUCAGUUAGUACUAGUAUCAACAACAACAACCGGACAGCUUCGGAGAAGAAGCUGAACAAUAAGAACAAUGACAAUCGCUCCAACAACAAUAUCAUCGACCUAAUUAAUGUGACAUCCUCUCUGAAUAAGCCCAGUCUAAUGGUGGACAAGGAGGUCAAUACGCACAAGCGGCACCAGAUGGCAGCCAGUGAGUCGGAUUUCCUAACCAUGAUCCAGAAGCAAAGGUCGCAGCGGUUGGGGCUGUUGAAAAAUAAUGCCAGUUUAAAGAAUAGUAGUCACAAGGCUGGCGCGCGGGAUGACCAAUUGAUCUAUGCGUUGAGCGACUCCGACUUUACGGCUGCACUGCACGGUGAUGAAGCAAUCAUGAAGUGUAUUAAAAAUUUAAAAGCUUGCGCUGAACAGAGAGAUGGUAUAUUUAAAAUAGUUCUGAACAGUGAAGGUGGAACUGUUGCCGCAACUACAGCUGGCAUCAACGAUACUCCGGACAUUCUAAUCGGCUGUUUCGAUCAUGGGUUCGGUAGCACUAGUCCUAAAGAAAUUUUAUCGGGUCGAGUGGAGGAAAGCGCUUUCAUCAAAUCAUCCAAUCUAAAAGUUGUGAAUAGUAGUAAUAGUGUAAACCAAAGCAGCACAGUAAUUGAUAGCAAUUUAAACCACGAUGAAAAUAACUAUGUGAUAGAUUUAAUAUCGACACUGGCGUCGGCCGGAUCUCCUCCGCAUUCGGCGGGUUUGCUGCCGGAGACGAUUUCCCGCGAGAACGAACGUCUCAAGGCUAGCGAUAAACAGGGUGGCGUAUUCGACAACCUAAAACCGCUGACGGUGCUACACGAUUCCGUAAGUCCGGUCAACAUAUUAAGCGACGCGUCAACCAUAUCGUUGGAUCUAGUGUCAACAAGUCCCUGCACAAAACUGAAUGUUCCUACCGCUGCCAACGCUCCUGUUCCUGUUGUUGCUGCCGCAAUUGAAGAGAGUGUCAACCCCGUAGAUCAUCCCAUGGAUCCUCUGGCCGUCAAUAAUCCCGAUAUUAUUAUCGAAAACAUCCGAAAUGAUAGCCUGAUAGCCAAUCAACUACCGCAGCAGCAGCACCAACAACAAGCACAACAACAGCAGCAGCAGCAGGUAUCGGCGGCCACUUCGACGACGGCGGUCCUGCCACCGUCGAUAAUGACCACGUCUCCUGUGCACCCGGCCGGUCUGCAGAGGAAGCGACAAUCGUCCACCGUAACGUACAACAUCAAUGUAAUCAAUUUCAGCGACAAUCCCGACGAUGAUCAGAGCAGUUAUCAGAUGAACAACCGGAGCGUGGGUGCGGGCGCUGCUUCCGGGGCCGGUGCCCGGUCCAACAGUUCCACGAAUUCGAGCCAAAAGUACACCCGCCGAGGCGCCAUUUGCAUCGUCAUCAACAACGACAACGUGAUCCAUGCCAACGACACGGACACGGACUUCGACGAGCGCGAUGACAUCCGGCUCGGUGGACCGGGUUGUGGUGGCCCAGCCGGGGGCAGUGGUGGUGCUGGAGGUGGUGGUGGUGCAGUGACCUGUCGGCAUUGCUGUUCCCAGGGGCACCAUGAUGGUGGUUCCGGUGCGGCCAACUGUCGCCACAAUAAAUUCCGUAAAAUCAAAUGCCUGUGGAAUCACGUCAAGCGGUACGGUUUUCGCCGAGCUCCCCGGCGACGCCGCAACGAACCAUGCGACGCUGCUGGUCCGGGCUGUGGAACAGGCGAUGGAACCGGAACCUGCAUGGACAGGCUGACCGUCCCGAGUGCCGAUCGGUUGGGUGGUAGUCGGUGUGGCAGUGUUGGUUAUGGGGAAGGUGGAACCUCAACCCGACCGACCAAAGGCUGGCGAGCGGAGCACAAAGCGGCCAGGACGCUGGGAAUCAUCAUGGGAGUGUUUCUGCUCUGCUGGUUGCCGUUCUUUUUAUGGUACGUCAUCACCACACUGUGCGGUGAAGAGCACUGCCCCUGUCCGGAUGUCGUCAUUACGCUGCUGUUCUGGAUCGGCUACUUCAACUCGACGCUCAAUCCGCUGAUCUACGCUUACUUCAACCGGGACUUCCGGGAGGCGUUCCGGAACACACUGCAAUCGUUACUGCCCUGUUUCGUUAAGAAAAGCCCCUACAGCGGCCAUAGCGCUUACUAUGUGUAG